GGCUUUUUUAAUAGCGAGAUGGCGCUAGACUGAUAAAAACACCACUACCAUACCGAUACCGCAGCAAAAGUGAGAUAGACUGUAUGAGAGCAUUAUACACAGAGUGAUAGAAGUAAUAGAACAAUAGAAAUGACAAGUUUUGGAUGGAAGAGGAAAGCGGGAGAGAAGGUGUCGAAGGAAGCAUCUUCAAGCUUCGAGAGUAAGACGGGAGUACUGCAGGAAGAUUCUCCUGAAGACGAUGGUCCACAUGAAGACAACUUGUGGGAUGCUUUCUCCAAGAGAAGGAAGGUUCUGAUUCUCGAGGACUCGGCGAGCAAGAGCCAAAGAUUGAAAGUUGAGGGAGAGACACUAGCAGAUGCUGGCAGAUACUGGGAAGCUGUUAAGAAAUGGAAUGAGGCCCUGCAGUAUACUCCUGCUAAUGAAUUCCUCUAUGAAAUGAAAGCACAAGUUCUGAUGGAAUUGCAUGAGGUAUUUCCAGCUGUGGAAGCAGCGCAACAGGCCACUGUCCUGGCUCCCCAAUGGUGGGUUGCAUACCAAACUCUAGGACGUGCUCAACUUGGGCUUGGUGAAAUCACCAUGGCUGUGAAAUCAUUCAGCAGAGCUGUGCAUAUGAACCCAGCCGACUCUGCUCUAUGGGAGGACGAUCUGAGAUGGGCCUGCUCGCUGAGGGACCAACUCAAGACACGGACCAAGGACACGAAAGACCAGGACCAAAUCAAAAGACAUGUCUUGAAGGAAGCUGAAUCUCGUAUUAACAAAGACAAAGGAAUGACCUCGUCAUCCGUUGACUCUGGUAAUGAUGGUGAAUUGUUUUGUAGAGAGGGAUUCAGAUGAUGGCAUUGUCAAGUAGUGAACAGUAAACUGACGUCAGCAAGAACUGUAUAGCAGCAGAAGGUAGUAAUGAUCGUCCUGAUGAAGACCUGGGUGUAGCAUCCGUGCGUUUGACCCAAGUAGUGUUGGUGUUGCAGUUUUUUACCUUGGAGAGAGGGUUUCAGAGGAACACAAUGUAGUACGUUGGGUGAGCCAAGGAUGCUUAUUGAAUCAACGUUUACAGCAUGUACCCCCAAAGAAGGUGACAAUAUCCUUGAAAAGAUCCUUGUAAAGAUCCUUGAAAUGAUUAGAACAUAUUAAACCAACAAGUGGUGCCGAAAAAAGAGGGUAAAGCAUGGUAUAGAGAUGUCUGAUGAUGAUCAGUGAAGCUGCGUAUAUGUAUAGCACUUAACACUUACCUUAUGAGUAGCCUUUAAGCCCUUUACAAAAAAAACACCAUAAUUAAACUGGCUUUAGCGGAUUUCUGAGGUUCAAGGAGUUAAUUUCUCACAAUUAGCAAGUACAGUU